AUAUUUGACUUGUUGAUCUCUCGUUUCCAUUCUCAUCUGAUUCAGAUAUAUUAUAUCCCGUCGAAGCCAAUUUCAACGCUUCCACCCUUCCUCCGUCGUCUUCGUAAAUACUAUGGAUGGUGGUUCUGUUCCUCCUCCUCCGAAGGGAUCAUUCGCUCGAAGGUACAAGUACGCCUUGCCUCUUCUCCUCACCGCCGUCGGAGGUUACCUUUUCUUGAGGACCAAGAAAAAGGAAAUAGAUCCUGCAAGUGAAGUGGUUGCUGCUGAAUCAGGUUCAGCCUCUGCAGCUUCUGUUACCAUGGAAAGGCCUGUGUCUUCUGCAGUGGUUGCAGCGCCAGUUGUGAUCAAGACACGUGAGCCAAUACCUGAGAUGCAACAACGUGCGCUCUUCAAAUGGAUCUUGGAGGAGAAAAGGAAAGUGAAACCUAGAAAUGCGGAGGAGAAGAAGAAGAUUGAUGAAGAAAAAGCGAUUCUGAAACAUUUCAUUGGAUCCAAAACCAUUCCUACUCUCUGAUUGUAUUUUCUGUUUCUGUGUUGAUUUGGUUUCAGUUUUUUUUUUCUUAAUUAUUCUUGUGGAUAUCAUAUAUCUUUUGCUUUUGUAAACAGAAAAACAUAAUACUUUGAAUGUUGAAACCAUUAACUUUGAAAUC